AAAGAGAGAAGAGGAACACACUCAAUAUUUCUCAAUUGGCACCAACAUUGCAUUGUUAUUUCCUCUCCAAUCAUGAGAACCUCAGGGACAUCUUUUGGCUUUUUCACUCUGCUCUUCAUCCUUUGGCUUCUAAAACAUUCAGCGGAGGCAGAUGAGCUGACAGCGCCAAAAAUCAUAAACGCCGCAAAUGGAGGAUCGGUGACUGUGUCCUGUCAUUAUGACCCUCAGUUCAGAGACAACACGAAGUACUGGUGCAAGGGGCCAAUAUACGAGCUGUGUAAGAUUGUUGUUAAAACGCCAAAGCGGCGCCACAGUGACAGAUGCUCCAUUGCUGAUGACAAAAGGGCAGGAGCCUUCACUGUUACUAUGUCAUCUAUCAGACCAAGUGAUGAGGACAUGUACUGGUGUGUUCUUGCCAGGCCGGGAAGGAAUAUUUUCACUGGUGUCAAGCUCAUCGUCUCCAAUGAAGUUUUAACACCAACGAGCACAACACCAACAAAUUCUCUGGAGAACAAUGAACACGUCAACAUGCGGUGGUGGAAGACUCUUCGAUGGAUCAUCUUUUCUUCGAUGGUGUUUAGUUUAAUAUCAGUUUAUAUAACCGUGUGGAGGAUAAAGGCUGCACACAGAAUAUGGCAAAACAAUGUUCCUCAACACAACUCCAAUAUUUAUGGGUGAAAGAACAUGUGUGAAAUACGACUAAAUACUGGACUGCAAAAUUAUUCUGUAUAUAUUCUAACAACAGCCUCCCUGCAGUAAAAGUAUGCUUUAGACUCUGGUUUUAAGUUAAGUGUGCAAAAUAAUGUAAGUCGAUGCAGUGUAAUACAGUAUAUAAUAAUAAUGUAUACAUUGUGCCUGUGUUGACUGCUGAUUGCCAGCAAAAUGACUGACAUGACAAAUUAUCACAAAGCAUGU